AUGGCGACUUCGCGUAGGCUCGAUGGCCACGGCGAGCGCGGCGGCCUCGCGUUUGGAAAACGCGCAGUUGGCGAGUCAGAAGACGACUGGGAAGACGUCGCGUCCGACCAAGAAAGUGUCUCUUCCACCGGCGCUGGCGCAUCCCCUCGGCGGCAGCCCGCGGCGCGAAGCGCAGACCGAAAGAGCGGGAAAGACGCGAGAAAAACCAAGCGCGGCUUUGACUCAGACGACGAAAAAGCUGCAGAGACACCGGAGACAGAUUCUUCGCGCGCUGGAUCGGCGCCUUACUCCCCAGACGCCCUCCGCCCUUCAUGCGACUUUCCCUGGCUCCGCGGCUUCGAACGCAGCAGAGAAAACCGGUUUCGAUGCAAAGCCGCCACCUUUGUGUGGGACGAAGUCGAAUCUGAGGACCAAGAAGGCUGCGCCGUUCCUGCGUACGACCUGCCUCCUCAUCUCAAGCUCCUCAAGUUAUCUGUAGACGCGUCGGUUAGCGCAGAUCCUACAACUCUGCUGCGGUCUUACCUCGACACCCUGAAAGCGGAUUGCUCAUCCGGCGCUUCGUGUCCCUCCAACCUCGGCGAGGUGUGCAUCUCGCUGCCGCCGAGUCAGAAGAAGAAGUCGCCAGGACCGAGCCGCUGCAGCGUGGCGUAUCAGCCGCCGUUGGGCGACGAGCUCCACAUCGGUAGCUCUCCGCAAAAGACGCAGGUGCUCUCUGCGCACCGCUUCCUAGGCACGCUGCACUUUUCUGCAUGCGCGGAUCCGGCGCCUGGCUGUCGGCAGCCCGGAGUCGACGAGGCUGAGACUCGCGAAGAAGCUGGAGCGCGCCGGCGGGAACAGAAGAGACACGAAGAUCCUGGCGCCUCGUCCGGCCCCUUCAAUUCGAAAUUCGGAGACGAGGCACGUCGCGCAUCGAACGGGGAGCUGGGCACACAUCCCCAGGCUUUGGAACCCUUCCGACGUGGCAUUCCCACCUGGCAGAAGGAAUCGUCUUUCAUGACGUGGCAUCGAAUCAAGACGUAUGGCUCGGAUGGAACGUCCUGCGCACCGCGACCGACUUCGGGGAGAGACGACACAAAGCGAACACCAUCGGAGAAGAGAAUAAGCCAAAAAGGCGAGGAGAUGGAGGUCGACGACGGCAGUGUGCGGGAGCGGAAGAGCAAGGAGAAGCGGAAAUCACACCGCAAUUGA